AUGGGUAUCUGCAGGCUGUCGUUUCUCCUCGUCCUGCUUGGUGGAUUACAACAUCUGAGUGACGCCCAAACCAGGGGCUGUGCCAGGACUUGUAAUGUGUUUUUUCGAUGCUCGCCCUACUACAAAGAGCUGGUGUGGGCGGUUGUGGAUGGCGUUUGCCGCGUCUACCAGAACGGUUGUAUCUUUGGAAACGAAAACUGCACUAGGGUCAAUCAAUGCCUCACACCAAUGAAUGCCACCUCACCGGAAAAGUGUAAGGAGUAUUGCCCCAGGCGUUGUCCAAGUGAUGGUCAAGAAGUUUGCGGCUGGUUCCCGUACAUCAAUAACAUGGGGGUAAACAGUGAUCGUUACAUUAGCUUCCCCAAUCGCUGUCUGCUGGAUCAAUAUUCCUGCCAGAAUGAUAUCGCCUAUGCAUAUGAUCCAACCCUUGGACCCUGUCCCUAA